AUCUUGGAUCCCUUGGUAUUCUUCACUAAAUGUCGUAGUCUCUGAGGCAAUAGGGGUCUGUACUAAAUAGCCUCAAGAACCAUGGACUACCUCGCACUGACUAGAGGUUCGGUUCCUCGGCCCUUUGUCCAAAGACAGCCGAGGAGCAUCGAGUUACUGCAUUAUGGCAGACCAAGUUCAGCCCGACAUAUAUUCGCUUCCAACACGCCCACCUAACUUCGAUAAGGUGGGCACGUUCUACGUUGCAUUCUGCGCAACGUGGACCUUUCUCUUGAUUCUCGGCAUGAUAUUUCUAAUAGCAAAUCGUAGUAAUCCGAUCCUCAAGGUCCGUGGUAUAGGCCUAUCUCUUACUGCAAUCGCCUUCCUUCACGUGUACUGGGUUCUCGCUCAGAUUACGUAUCCCGUCGGAUUAACGAUGCCCAUCAUAGUCGCUUACAGUGUGCAAUAUUUCUUCAUGGGUAUUUGGUUUCCUUUGGGUGUUGCUAUGUUCCAUGCCUCCAAUACCCGCUUCCUGUAUGUUGCAAAAAUGCAGAAGCGAUAUACGGAACCGACCGACUUUCAAAAGAAGCCGGGCUGUAAUGGAGCAAACACUUCGUGGCUUUGCCGCCUGAGAAACUUGGAUUACCCAACAAGGAUCUUGAUUUAUAUCGGUCUGGGAAUAAUAGUACAGAUACUCCUUACGGUUGGCAUGUGGCUCGCGUGUAGUAAAUACCAUCCUGCAUUCGGUAUUGCUGGUACAGGGCUUCCUAAUGCCCCGCUCGACAUACAGAUUACAGAACUAGGUCGUGGAUGGGAGUGGUGGCCAACUGCUCUCUGGCAAGUUAUAUGGACAUGGAUAAUAGCACCCAUUAUGAUAUGGAAGGCUUGGGGUAUUCGAGAUACGCUGGGCUGGCGUUUUCAGACGAUAGGAUGUUGUCUCUCCAAUCUUCACGCUACACCGCUGUGGCUCAUAUCGAUGUAUCUGCCUGCCUUCGAACCGGUCAAUAAGUAUUUCUCUUCAAGUGAAUGGAUCCAUCUUUCCGUCACGAUGUUUGAGGUCUUUGCUGUUUUUGUUCCUUGUUGGUUAGUUGUGAGGCAUCGUAGCCUACGCAAACGGGCAGCCGAGUCAAACGCAAGAUGGGAUACUGCGUCACAGACGACCCUGAAGAACUCCACAACUGUGCAAUGCAAAUCUGCCUCGCAUAUGGAAAAGGGUCUCGCACUGGAACUCCUAGACCCUGAGAUGGGCGAUCGCCUAUUCACCAUGAACGCCCUUGACCACGUAUUAAAUGAGAAUCCGGGUCCGCUACAGGAGUUCUCGGCAUUGAGGGAUUUCUCAGGAGAGAAUAUUGCGUUCUUAACACAAGUGGCUUCCUGGAAAUUAUCAUGGUCUAGUGCCGCAGACGAAGAUCAGAUUCGCGACGUAUUUACUCGUGCACUGGUUAUUUACACAAGCUUCAUCAGCCCCCGAGACGCCGAAUUCCCUCUUAAUCUCUCAUCGCGGGAUCUCAAGCGCCUUGAAUCUAUUUUCGAAAGUCCGGCACGAAUAUUGUGUGGUGAAGCACGUGUUGAUCCAGCCACGCCAUUUGCGGUCGACGGGUCCGCUAAGGAGCAAGGGCGUAGUGGCGAUGAUUGGAUUGAGCUGUCGGAGGUGGCUGGCAGAAUACAGUAUGCGGGCGAGAUAUCUGAUGCGUUCGAUGCUACUGUAUUCGACAGUGCGCAGAAGCAUAUCAAGUACUUGGUCUUGACUAACACGUGGCCAAAAUUUGUGACCGAGAUACAAGAACGGAGGCGUUCUAGCGAAUCGGGGCGCAGUGAUCACACUGGGGGGUCUCACUCGUCACUGGCGAGCCGAAUAUCGAACUUGAUACACUCUAUUUUCUGAGUAUUGUAAAAGGCGAUUCAAAUGUUAUUAGGGGGUGGCUUCGUUUAUUAAUACCCAAAAGUUAUUGACACCAUUUUAGGCGAGUUUGUCAUUGAAGCUUAAUGUACGGCGACUAAAGAGCAGGAAGUUUUGUAAGAUUUAUACUGCUGUUUGAAUAGGUAGCAGGACUGAAAGUGCCGAGUUAAAACACCCUUCAUAUAAUAUAUUUUACCAAUCAGUAAAUGGGGAUAUAACUAGCUUCCAUGAUUUAAUAAGUACAUUGUUGGUGAUGUUGAUACUCUAACCCCUUAUAGUAUCCCACAGCUUCGUUUAG